AUUUUUAAAUAAUUUUUUAUGAUAAUAUUAAUUCUCUUAUUGAUGAGAUUAACGGUGAUUGAUUGGUUUCUAAUAGAACACACACUUGCAAUCCAAAAUUCUUCAAUCAGAAAGUACCCCAGAAACUAAUCUUGCUCUUGAGAAGAUUAGAAGGCCUUUAUAUGAAAAGCAUCCCAUGAGCAAAUUUGCAUGGACAAUAGCUGAAGACACUGAUACUAUGGAAUGGUACAACAUCUGCCAAGAUGCCCUAAGAAAAGUCAAUGAAUCGUAUCAAGGAAAAGAGACUGCUGACAUCAUUCAAAACAAAGUUUUGCAGGCUCGAGAGGAGGAUGAGGAGAUUGAAUUCAAUUGUGCUAAUUACCAGCUUGAAAUAAUGAGAUGCUUGAGAGAACUCAAUGUUAACAACACUAUUGGAUGGAUUGGAACAUCAAAUAUUGGAGGCUGGAGUAGAUAUUUGGGUUACUUCAUCUUACCAGGUUUGCAAUGCCAAUGGAUUAAUCUUUCUUUGUUUUUAUUGGCUCUGCUAUUGGUGGUACUUAUUUUAGCUCAUGAAUUGGAGGUAGUAGAGGAUGCAGAAUGCAAGUUUAUUUGA